AUGAGUGAGCCAACCACCAUUGUGCGAUUUUCAACGAAAUUGAAUGGGUAUCAAGUCCCCACAUCGAAUUAUGAUGUUCCACUGAGUCUCACGCGACUUGGAUUAUCGAAAUUGAUAAACACGUUAUUGCAGUUAGAGACGCACAUACCUUUUGAUUUCAUCGUCAACGGCGAUUUUUUGCGGAAAACACUUGGGGAGCAUUUGACUGAGCGCGACAUGAGUAAAGAAGCGGUGACAGAAAUUGAAUAUACCGUUGCGUUACCCGCCCCUGAGGAGACUUGGGAGAACGAUGAGAAGAAUUGGAUCACAUGUUUGAGAGGAGUCAACGGCUAUUUGUUUAGUGGGAACAACAUUUCUCAAAUCACCGCGACGCAAGUCAGUGGGAAAGAAAUUGGUCAAAUCAAUUGGAUGACUUCACCCAAAUUUGUGAAAUCGAUUUCCGUUUCACAUGCAAAUUCCCAUGUUGGAAUUGCAGCGUGUGGGAAGUCAAAUACAAUCACUAUAUAUGCCUUCGAAAAUGAGACAUUCCACGAAGAAUCAAUACUCAAGGGACACACAGGCUCUGUUGAAAGUGUAUGCUAUUCCCCCGACGGACAACAUUUAGUAUCCGGCUCUUGGGACUCGACCGUGAAUAUUUGGGAUUUGCAGAACUAUAAUACUCCGGUCCAGACUUCCCCCCUUCGUACCAAGAGUGCAACAAAAACAGUGACGGCUUAUAUGCCAAUCACUGGGCACUCACAAGCGGUGACUAAAGUAUUAUGGCCCGUCGAAGCUCAACUCUUUUCAUCAUCACUUGAUGGGUCCAUUGCUCUUUGGGACGCUAGUAAUGGGUCAAUGAUCUCCGCUUAUAAGCCAGGGAAGACGACGUUGUGUUUGGAUUACUCGACUAACAACAACUUGUUACUCAGCGGCCACAACGACUGUAUCAUCAGAAUCUCUGACCCAAGACAGAAAAACGUCGCGAUGAAAUUGAUGAAAAGUCACGUCGCUAUGGUGCAGGACGUUCAGUGGCAUCCUCUGAGCCCUUAUUUGUUCGCUUCAGCUGCUUUCGAUUACUCAAUUAAAGUGUGGGAUAUUAGAUCAGUCACACCACUCUGCACUAUUCCUUUGAAGGGUAAAGGAACAGCCGUCUGCUGGAAUGAAAAGGGUGAUGAAUUCUACUCGGCGUCGUCUUAUGGGCGUCUCGCUGCUCAUCGGUUCACUCACAAUUGA